GCUUCCGAGGGCGCGGGGGGCGGGCUGGGGAUGAGCCGGGGCGAGCCCCGCGCCGCUCCGCCGCCGCCGCCUGACGCGCCGCUGAAAAGUUGCCCUCAGACCUCCUCCCGCCUUCUACUUCUCUCCGGGGUCCGGCGGGGGAGUCGGGGCUACGCGGAGACCGGCGAGCGGCGGCCGGCGGGGCGAGGAGCCGGCUCCCUCCUCCUCGCGGUGCCAGCGCGGGUGGCGACGCCGGCACGAGCUUCCCGGGCUGUCCGGGGACGCGCGUCCGGCGAGUCCCGAGCCACGCGGCGGAGGAGCGGUGGCCUCGGCCAGGUAUGUUUCCUGGUCUUGAAGGUAGUGGCCUCUUGUAGAAGGUGUGAGGCCCAGUAACACAAUCUCCCUGGUCACCAGAACCAGGCACUCCAGAGUUCAGAAGGUUCUUCUGGGAGUUUCCAGCAGUGCCAAGAGUUGGAGAAAUCUUUUCUGCCCCUCUGAGUGAGCAGCUACAACACAGCAGAGAGCAAUCACAGGUUCGGGAAGAUGACAAUGAAAUGUGAAGAAGUUACAUUUCUAAUGUGACACUUGAAAGUUAGUGACUGUUUACCAGAUUUUCGUGAAAACUAAAUAUGACUUAGAAGCUUGAUUUAUGAAGGUUUAUGAUGUCAUCGGUUGCGACAGAAGGCAAACUCCAGCAGGCUGUGAGCCUGCAGGGAGUUGACCCAGAAACAUGCAUGAUUGUAUUUAAAAACCACUGGGCACAGGUUGUGAAAAUCUUAGAGAAGCAUGACCCCUUGAAGAACACCCAGGCAAAGUAUGGAUCCAUCCCUCCAGAUGAGGCAAGUGCCGUGCAGAAUUACGUAGAACACAUGCUCUUCUUGCUGAUUGAAGAGCAAUCCAAGGAUGCGGCAAUGGGGCCGAUUCUGGAAUUUGUGGUCUCUGAGAACAUCAUGGAGAAACUCUUCCUUUGGAGCCUGAGGCGGGAAUUUACCGAUGAGACUAAAAUUGAGCAGCUGAGGAUGUACGAGAUGCUGGUCACCCAGUCGCACCAGCCUCUGCUGCACCACAAGCCCAUUCUGAAGCCCUUGAUGAUGCUGCUGAGCUCUUGUUCAGGAACCACCACCCCCGCUGUGGAGGGGAAGCUGGUUGUCCUGCUUAAUCAGCUCUGUUCCAUCCUUGCCAAAGAUCCGUCCAUCCUGGAACUCUUCUUCCACACUAGUGAGGACCAAGGGGCCACCAACUUCCUCAUCUUCUCCCUUCUGAUUCCCUUCAUUCACCGAGAGGGGGCAGUAGGUCAGCAGGCCCGGGACGCUUUGCUUUUCAUCAUGUCUCUGUCUGCUGAGAACAGCGUGGUGGCCCAUCACAUUGUGGAGAACACCUACUUUUGCCCAGUGCUUGCAACUGGUCUCAGUGGUCUCUACUCUUCCCUGCCUACGAAGCUGGAAGAGAAGGGUGAGGAAUGGCACUGCCUUCUGAAGGACGACUGGCUCCUCCUGCCUUCUCUCGUCCAGUUCAUGAACUCCCUGGAGUUCUGCAAUGCCGUCAUACAGGUGGCUCACCCUUUGAUUCGCAAUCAGCUUGUCAAUUAUAUUUACAAUGGAUUCUUGGUACCAGUCUUGGCUCCUGCCCUCCAUAAGGUGACUGUGGAGGAGGUCAUGACCACAACUGCAUAUCUGGACCUUUUCCUGCGUAGCAUCUCUGAGCCAGCAUUACUUGAGAUCUUUCUCCGUUUUAUCCUGUUGCACCAGCACGAGAAUGUCCACAUCUUAGAUACUCUCACAAGCCGAAUCAACACACCAUUUCGGCUCUGUGUGGUGUCCCUGGCAUUAUUCAGAACUCUCAUCGGUUUACAUUGUGAAGAUGUGAUGUUACAACUAGUUCUAAGGUACCUGGUCCCCUGCAGCCACAUGAUGCUGAGCCAGCGGCGGGCUGUGAAGGAGAGAGACUGGUACUCUGUUUCUGCGGCCAAGCUGCUCGCCCUGACCCCUGUCUGCUGCUCCAGCCGGAUCACCCUGACGCUUGGGAACCAAGAGAGGGAUUAUAUUCUCUGGUCAAAGUGUGUGCACAACAGUUCAGGGCCCGCGGCGCAGCCGCUCCCCGAGGGGGCCUCUGCGCCGGCCCGCGGGGAGGACGCCAGCGCCCUGGACGUGAGCUACCUGCAGUACCUGUGGGAGGCGCACGCCAACAUCCUUGGCUGCGUGAGGGACUGCCGCGCCUGGUCCGCCCGCUAUGACGGAGACUCCCCGGACCCCGACGCGUGGCUCCGCAGCCUGAGCGGCGAAAGCGCCAACAGCGCCGCCGACCCUGUGUUCGGGCUCCCGCAGCAGCUGCCCCGGAAGCCAGGGCCUCCGCCGGCCCCAGGGAAGAAGAGCCAGGCGGAGCUCGAGUGGGAUGACAGCUAUGACGCUGGCAUCUCCUCGGGGGCAGGUGCGGGCGAGCCACGCGAUGAUGCGGACAGCUCAGGCCUGCCCGCACCCAUCGAUCCCCCCAGACACAUCCAGGAGAUGAAGAAGAACGCCAUCCUGCUCUUCAAAGGGUCCUACAUCGAAGAGUCUGACUUCCAGGAUGACGUCAUGGUGUACAGGCUGUGUGCUGAGAAGGACUCUGACGACACCAGGAGUUCCCGGGAGGACCCUGUAAGGCCCCUGACCCAAACCCAGACUGAGGUUCAGAGCCCCCCACCGAACAAUGGCCCCCUGCUCGGCCCGCAGCCAGAAACAGAUUCAGAGGGCGAACAUAGUAGGGACAGCUCGGACCUGUUUGAGAACACCCGCAAGGGACCGAAACAAGAGAGUGAGGCUGACGUAGCCCCGGGCUCAAACCCAGAGUCAGCAGCCCCCACCGCCGAGGCAGAGCGCAGGUCAGGCCCGACGGUGGUUAACCCAGGGGCUGAAGAUUUCGUUGCCCAGUAUGACGAGAUCAUUAAAGAGCUGGAUUCUGGCCCCGAGGGCUUGCUAGGCUGCAACUGCUCCCCACCUGAUACCUUACUUUUCACAAAAGAGCCCGUGGGGAAGGAAGAAGAGAGCCGAGGAGACAAGGAGGAUGAGGAGGAGGGGGAGAAGGGACCAGACGACGAGGACGAGGAGGAUGACUUUGAUGCUUUCAUCACGGAAACCCCUGCCGAAGAGACAGCGCCAUCCCCGUUUGGGGUGAGAGCUGAGACUGCAUUUGCCGGUCACGUACCCGGGAGGACUCAGAGCACCCCGUUCACAGGUCCAUUUGUCAGUGUGGUCCUGUCGAAGCUGGAGAACAUGCUGGAGAAUUCUUUGCAUGUGAAUUUGCUGCUUAUUGGGAUCAUUACCCAGCUAGCCAGCUACCCCCAGCCUCUCCUGCGCUCCUUUCUGCUCAACACCAACAUGGUCUUCCAGCCGAGCGUCCGCUCUCUCUAUCAGGUCCUUGCAUCUGUGAAAAACAAGAUCGAACAGUUUGCUUCUGUGGAGCGAGACUUCCCAGGCCUCCUCAUACAGGCCCAGCAAUACCUGCUCUUCCGAGUGGACAUGUCUGACCUGACUCCUGAAUCCCUAACCAAAGAUCCCAAUCAGGAUGCUUCCAGGACCGGAAGUGGCCAGAGCCUUUUGGAUGGCCCCCCAAGAGUGCCUCAGCCCUUCCUGACACACAGAGCCACGGUGGCCGAGCCGCCACCGAGCCUGCCCCUGCCAGUGAGGAACGCCAUGCUGGCCGCCGCCCUCUUCCCGGAGUUCCUGAAGGAGCUGGCCGCCUUGGCCCAGGAACACUCUAUUCUGUGCUGCAAGAUCCUGGGUGACUUUGAGGACUCCUGUUGCUAGCUUUUUUUUUUUUUUAAAUAGAGGUUCUUGUUUUUUAAGGUUUUAGUGUCUUGAUUGAAUGUUCAAUGCAAAGCUGCUUACAAAAAUUCCUACUUUGAUAUUUCCUGACAAUACUUGAUUGGCGGGGAGGGGAGCUGCUGUAUGACCCCCUCUUGAGCCGGGUCUUCCCGCCUGAUGCUGCAUGGAGUGUGAGUCACAUGCGAGUUGCUCCUUGGGCAGGUUUUCUUUGCUCAGUUUUUCUUCCUCAGGCUUUUUGGUGGUGGUUCUCCCAUCCCUUUGACUCACUCGUCCUGCAGCUUAGAUCACGCUAAGCGAAUACCGGGGUCGGUGAGUUCUGGCCGUACCCCAGAUCAGGAGGCUGGCUUUUCAACAGCACAUGAAUGUGCAUCUGCCCCCAUCACCUUCUCCAUUUUAUAAAAGAGAAGAAUAAAGCCCCUCUUCCCUCCAUCACACAAGCACACACCAUGUGUCCCUCUGCCUUUUAUUUCCAAGACUUGUAUUCCACCCAUGUCUUGCCUUGCGGUGCAGACAGAUCCACUGGUCUCAGCUCUCUGCCUGGGAUGUCACGUGUAGCUGGAGAGAAUAUGGGAUGCAGAGACAUUUUGUUGCUUGAGAGCUUUUCUUUAAUCACUUUAUCACUACCUAGGCACUGAAAAUAGCCUUAAUUUAGUCAGAUUUGCACAAAAUGAAACAUACCUAUGCAAACUGCUGCUUUGGUUUUUAGGAGUUUGAUCAGAUGGAAGUGUGGCCUCAUAUACCUAUGUAAGAAGACAACCAUCAUUAUUUUUUAAAGUGUUUUAUGGAAAACAGAUUAAUUUGUGAAGCUCUGUCACAAUGGGUUUUUUUUGAGGAUGGGAAUGUGGAGUAGGGGAAAGGAUAAAGGUAAACUAAAUGCAACCUGUAAAAUUAUUAGUUAUUAUUUUAAAUUCUCUGCGUUUUCUAAUAUGUUGCACAUUGUAGAGAAGUAGGAACUGUACAGCCAGUGUGGGAACUGGGAUGUAAAUGCAAAUGCAUCACAGGGAGCCCUGCACUGCCAAGUACCUGCUGGUGACUCACUCCACACAGAAAUGCUGCCUUCUGAGUAAUGGGGUUCAUUAGAAGGCCCCAACGUGAUGUAUUAGUGCCUCUCUGCUGCUUUCCAGCCUGCUCCAAGAGGCAUAAUUAUACUUAGAGCCAGUUUUUCUUAAACCAUUACCAAGAGGGGGAAACACAUAAAAUAACUGUGAGCUAAAAAUGAGACCAUGAACAGCUGAUAUUUAUGGAUAUCUGAUUCCACAGCCCUCUUCUUGGGCAGGUGAGGAGUCUGUAACAAGGAUGAGCUUCCCCGUUUGGAGGGACAUUGGAGCUCACUGUUCUCUUCAUGGGCAGGAUUGCUGAGCCCUGGGGCAGCCACAGGUCUGGUGGUUGUGCUUUCUUAGGAGAACUGGUUUGGUUUUAAUCAGGCCUCCACUACAGGAGAGUGGAGGGAAAGAACCACGUUGCAGACCCUGCUGAGCAGAGGCUGCCCUUGUCUGUUGCGGGGAGCUUGGAGAAGCUUUGUACUGAGACAGACAGCAAGCCAGCCCAUGGAAUGGAGACCCCAGAAGAUCGGGCCUGGGCUGGGCAGCUCGCAGGAGCCAGCCUCGCGGUGUUUCCAGUUCUGAGCAAGAAACCGAAGGUACCCAUUUGUUGUACAAUUCUGACUUCAAAUUCGCCUGACUUGAAAAAUGGUUUGCCCAGUGGUGGUAGAACAGCCAGCACGUGUGAGGCCCAGCAGACUGGCCUGCUCUUGGCUUUCUGACACCUACUUCAGUUUGCACAACCCAUAAGUCUACUGGAAAAGAAGGUGGCUUAAGGUCAAGUAAUGGAGGAACAGAAAGAUGGAAUUUAAGCUGUCCUUUUUAUCUUUGUUUUGCACAAAUAUUUAUCUUAAGGCUUAGCAGAUAUAUAUGAAAUCUAAAGUCAUGUCUUGAAACUAUUCUCUAGCACUCUGCUUUGAUGUGAACUGCUCUUCAUUCUCUGGUGCUGAUGUCAGGUCUUCUCGAGUCUGUACUGCUUUCCUGCAGACCACAGAGCCCUUGUGGCAGGUGCCCUUGGGGAGACUGAUUUAGUGCCUCUUAGUAUUAUUUUUUCAAUAGGAACUAGAGUAGACUUCAAAGGAGAUGACCAUUGUCUGGGGUGAGUGGCAGGAAAAUUAAUCCCCAUGGUGGGGUACUGGCAGCAAAUGCACAUAACCCUCUCUGUUUGCAAUUAGCAACUGGUUUGCAUUUCUGAAUCCACUGCAGCCCUCUUCCAGAGUAUUGUGUCCAGAGUUUUUCAAAGUGAAGUCAGAAAACUGACCUGGAAAUACAUUAUGGAGAACCAGAAAGCCCACAUGGUCAGGAGAAACAGCCAGGUGUGUUAGGUAAGGCUGGUUGAGGGAAUGGUGUGCGCCAACAGAAGUGAAGCAGAAACCCGAGGCUGUACACAGAAGGCCAAUCCUGAGGGCUUUGGAAGACUGAGGAUCGUUGAGGCAGAUAUGAAGGUACUGUAAGAAGGUGGCUGACACUGGGAGCUGCUUGGUGGGCAAUGAUCAUGGUAAUGAAGUAGAAUAUUCUGGUCAUAAAGUAACAGUGAGGUCCUUAGAAAUAUCUCUGUGGUAAUGAGUUUUGGGAGAGAAAUUUUAAAGGUAAUUGGCGACUGUAAAAUGUGGUCCAAAAGCGUGGAUACUUUUCCACGUGACAGGCUCUCACACUUGCCGUGCUGCUUGGCCAAAGGCAGAGGGGACACAAACCUGUUGAUGCCACCCUCGAAGUUGGCAUCCCUGUGUCUAGCCUUAAGAUCCUGGGCAGUGAAGGUGAGUCAGGGCUUCCUGGGAGACAUCACAGCAUUAACCGCAAUUCAUAAUUCAGGGUCUGAGGUAAAGUUCUAGAUGGAGUGAAUUUUGUGGUUUAAAGUACGUGAGAGCACUGGGAUAUUUAAAAUUGAUUUUCAGAAAUGGUCAAGUAAAUGUUUUUAAAAAUUUAAGAAGAGAUUCCAGGUUAACUUUAGCCUAAAAUAUAGUUUCAUGAGGUAAACUGCAAUUUCCCAGCCACAAAAUAGAGAUGCUGGAGUAACCAAUUAGAGAUGUGGCUUUAUCAACAGAUACUUCCUUUUCCCGGGAUUUAGAGCAAUUAUGAAAUUGCGCCCAUGUUCCUUAGUAUUACUUUGGAAAGCACUCAGCUGUGCCAGGGCUGGGAAUGCUGCCUCUGUCACGGGAGGCAGGACACGUUCGGUUCUCUUAUGGGUCCUCAGCAGGACCUCUCCCUCACCAGGUGGCUUUUAUUUACCUCACAUACAGUUGGCUUUCAAUCAAGGCAUCAGGGGGCAAGAGCAUCUUCUUAGGAAUAGAAUCUAGAAGCAGGAUGCAAGAAUAUUGGACGGCCUGUCUAGUUUGGGCAGCCAGGGGUGGUCAGAGUUGAACGUAGUUUUGGCGUCUCUGAAUCAGCCUGGUGCAGCGGUCCCAUGGACUGGUUUCCAGAUCUGUGUGGAGCUUGGGGGUUAUGGGUGGGCUGCCCAUCCUGCAUCUGGAUCAGUUGCUUUCAUGAGGGAAGUGCUGCCCCAACAGGGGUGGGAUGUGUCACUGGUGUGAUGUUAAGUAUGUGCAGCAGAUGCUCACUCCAAUUCUCAUUUAAGGGCAGUUCAUUGUAAUUGUUAACUGCUAGCCCUGUAUUUACUGAAAUGGCUGUCACACUUGUAGUUUUUAUGAAAUACUUUAUUGCAGGACAGCGAUUACUGCACGUGCUACUUCAAGUCCCUGGCCCAGGCCAGUGUGAUUUGUGGUCCGCUGGGCCUCUUGGCCAGCUCUGCAGAGUGGGCUUUUCCUGGAGGCAGCCAGCCCUCUAGCAGCUGAGGCCACAUCAGCAUUAAGUCAUUAAGAAGAUACUCGCAGGCCCCUUCUCGCUUCAGGGAUCAGUCUGUAAAUCACACAACUGAUUUUCCAUCAAAUAACAGCUUAAAACAGAACACUGUCAAGUUUACACUCUUCUUAAAUCCCUUCAUUGAGAAAACAUUUUAAGACAAUGGAGAUAACUUUUUUUUCCUUUUUGAAUGACCAUCAUAAACUUAAUGCAUUAGAAAAAACUCCCAGAAGAUGUAAGAAUUGUUUUAGGGAUAAUUUUGCCUCAGUAAAUCCUAUGUUCAGGCAUUUAUUAGGCCAUGACUUGUUUUGGAGGACAGAUUAUCCUGGCAGCUCAUUAACUGGAUAACCAGGGCUUUAGUGAAAGAUUUCUGGUGGGAGGGACAGGGAUGAGGUGGUGGGGGUGCCUUCAGUCCUUUGGCCUCUGUGCUUAGAAUCCAAAAUCGAUGAUGAUUUUGGGACUGACCCUUCCAUCCUGUCAUGUCAUUGUGAGUUUUGUUCCUGUCUUAACAGCAUGUGAGUAAACUCACUCGCUGUCACCCACACAAGUAACAAGACACCAGUGGACCCUGCUGGCAUGAGCUCUGUGUACUUCAGGCCUCUUUGGGGAAGCUUAGGUCACUGUGUCAUUUCACAACCUGACAAGAGGGAUGGAAGCUCUUUCCAUGGAGAUUAUAACUUUCAUGGAGCUGAGACUGCACAAGUCUGUGCUCUUAGUAUAUCAGCUGACUUUUUAUUGGGACAAGUCUGCAAAAGGACCACCUAUAACAAGGCUCCUUUUUUUUGCCCUGGAAGAGGGAAUUUCCAUCAGAUGCCUUCCAUCCCACACCCUAGGGUCAGCUCCAGUCGCAGAUAAUCCACGGAACAUUUGUCUAAAAUAUGCUGAAGAAGCAUGGCAGCCACUUCCAUACGCUUUUGGUAAUGGGUAUAAAAACAUGGCCUUUCAGGUAGACCUGGUGUUUCAUUUUGACUUGUUUUCAGAUAGUCAUUAUGUGGAAUCCUUGAAAUGAUGCAGCUAGUUCAAGAGAAAUGAAAAAUACAAAUUGUGUGGGUCACGGCCAUAAGCUAUGUAUUGAAUUACCCAACCAAUUCAAAAAUUUAAUAGCCGCUUUCCAGAUUAGCAGUAAUUACAAGAAAGAGGUGGGAGCUCAGCUAAAACACCCUUAACCUGCUGUCAAUAAUGAUCAGGGUUUGUUUUCCUGGGCCAUCCAGAGCUUGAAAGAUAGGAAUACAGAUUCACCUUGGUGCAUAAAACUGGACAGAGCCAAGAAGCUCCCUCCUAGACCCAGAUACCCAGAAUUUAAAGCUUAGUAGUUGGCAGCACCAACACCUCUUACAAAGGGGCUCACAGAAGGCUGCCCAUUACUUUUGUUUUAUAAAUGUAAUGAACUUUUACUAAAUAACUUACUCUGUGCAGAGUGCUGAGGCUGACAUACCCACCCUUCACCAGAAUGAACCAGCCAGCCAACUUCCUGAAGCCACUAAGCACAUGGUUUGGGUCUGACCGGGUAGAGCUCAUUCAGGCCAGCCUGGGGAAGGGCCAGUUUUCCCGCACAUUCCAUUCCCAGCCUACAGGUGUGUGUGGGACAACAGAUGGCAAUGGCUUCACCUAUAGCACCAACUCAUACAUUUUAAUGAGAUUUCCCCCUGAAUAGCAAACAAAGACCAGGUCAUAUUCACAUGCAUGCAAAAAUAUAAAACUGUACUUGAAGCCCACUGACGAGCAAAGCCAUACUUUGUGAAUUUGUUAGGCUCUUAUAUAUAUAUAUGUAAACAUACCUUUUGAAUAUCUAGUCAGGUCCCAAGUAAGAUAGCUGUGCUUUUUAUUAGCUUUUAUAACAGUGAUAACAGUCUGAUCUUCAAUGUUUCAGAAGUGGGCAUUCAAGACAUGGGCAAUUCUCAGAGCUGGGUGACGGUUGGCAUUGUAAAGACCCAGUGUUUUAACAAGGGUAUUUUCCUCUGGAAACCAUCAGCCUGUAAUAGUUUGCACUUGACAAGUCUUGGUGAACUGUCAUCAGGCUUCCCCGACCUCCCAUCACCAUGUAAGUAAGCUCUUGAUUGAAAAGGUCUGGAAAGAUCCUCCAGUGCUUUCUAUAAAGUUUGAUGACCAAGAAGUCAGACUUUUGGUGAAAAUGGAGUUUGUAAGACAAAACUGAACCAUAUUAUUUCUUAGAAAAUAAUGAUCCUGCCAGAUCUAAUCUCAAACUGCCUUUGUCCAUUUGUAAUUCAGAGACCUUUGGAGCAAGGAGAGAGAACGGACUCUUUUUCUGUUGAAGGAGAAAAGAUUUUACUCUUGGGCCCAGUAGUUUUCAGUCCGGCAACAGAAUGCAUUGGGGGCACAUGGCUAUCUGGGUGACGUAACAUAUUCACUUAAACUCUAAGUCACUCUUUUAAAAAGUACUUUUUAGAAACAUCCUCUCUUCAUGCUUGUCUGAAAUAAACCACCCAAGUGGUUUCCUUUCUGCUUGUUUUGGCUGAGUCAGAGGCACAUCUCUGUCGCUGCUCAUAGGGACCUCGGGAGGGAGGCACUGUGACCCAGGACCCACUCACUGCUGUACUGGUGGGGGCCAGUCUGGUGUUCUGGGGCUCCAUUCAUGGUGGAAGUGCUUGUACACGUCUAAGUAGGCUCAUGAACUUGGUAUAAUCAGGGCCUCCAAGGAUUUUGUUCUUUUACUUAUGUCACAGUUGGACAUGUACUUUUAAAAAUCAGCAUUUGCAAAACGGGUCUUUGAGCAUACUGAGUCAGAGGUAACAGGAGCAUACAGUGAACAAAGGGGCGCUUCCGGGUGAAGGAACUAGUGUUACUGUCAGGAGAAUGGUGUGAAGGCAGCCCAGCCUGUGUGCCACUACUGUUAACUACACCACAGUUACUGUUAAAGGUCAAGUUGAUGUACUAAUUUAUAAUCAUUCUUUCCAGGCAAAACAAAUCAACUUAAUAUUAUAGUUUUUUAAAAACCUUUUUAUGAUCUGAGGAUUGGGGGUGGGGGAAGUUGUCAACUGCACAAUCUUUGAAGUGUAAGUUAAUUUUGUAUGUGAUAUUUCAGUAUAUAUUUUAUUCAUUAAAUUUAUUUGAAAA